GUCUGAAAUUGAACCCUUGGCGCUAAUGUCCAUGGGUGCACGUUCUCUUUAUUUUUUAGAUGACCAUUAUGUGGCUAAAAAAAAUACCCAUGACCCAUGAAUUAACUACCCAAAUAAACCCUAGCAUCGAACACAUCGUCUUUGCUCGGAGAAGAACCCUCGAGUCGCCGCUGCUGCGUGUUUUCUCUCCUCCCCUGCCCCCCACAUCGUCUACUGCGAGCUCUCUCCCGUGAGCUUUCACUCCGGGAUUUGUCCGAGCGGCGGCGAGCAUGGCUACCACAACCAGAGCGCUCUCUCAGAAAGAGGCCGACAUCCAGAUGAUGUUGGCUGCCAACGUUCAUUUGGGCACCAAGAAUUGUGACUUCCAGAUGGAGCGUUACGUCUUCAAGCGCCGCAUCGAUGGAUUAUACAUUAUCAACCUCGGGAAAACAUGGGAGAAGCUUCAACUGGCUGCCAGAGUAAUUGUAGCAAUCGAGAAUCCUCAGGACAUUAUUGUUCAGUCUGCCAGGCCAUAUGGGCAGAGGGCAGUAUUGAAGUUUGCACAGUUCACUGGGGCUCAUGCAAUUGCUGGCAGACACACCCCUGGAACAUUCACUAAUCAGCUCCAGACAUCAUUCAGUGAGCCUCGUCUUCUUAUCCUCACUGAUCCAAGGACAGAUCACCAGCCUAUUAAAGAAGCUGCACUUGGGAACAUUCCAACUAUUGCUUUCUGUGACACUGACUCUCCCAUGCGAUAUGUUGAUAUUGGGAUUCCGGCCAACAACAAGGGGAAGCAUAGCAUAGGCUGUCUGUUUUGGCUGUUGGCAAGGAUGGUUCUACAAAUGCGUGGCAGUAUUCUUCCUGGACAUAAGUGGGAUGUGAUGGUGGAUUUGUUCUUCUAUAGGGAGCCGGAAGAGACCAAGGAACAAGAAGAAGAUGAAGUUGUUGCUGCCCCUGAUUAUGGGGCAGAUUUUAAUGCUAAUGCAUUUACUGCUCUUCCAAAUGAUCAAUGGUCUGCCCCAAUCACUGGUGCCCAAUGGACUUCAGAUAUUGCUGCAGCACCUCCCUUGCUUCCAGUUGCCGAUGUCAGUUAUCCAGUUCCUGCCGUGUCAUCAGAUGGCUGGGAUGUUGCUGCUGCUCCACCAAUGCCAGUCCCUAGCGACGAUGUUAUUCCUCCUAUUCCUCCUCCCCAAGUACCCCAACCUACUGGCUGGGAUUGAACUAAUAUUUAGGUUCCUACUGGCUGUAAUUCCAACCUUGAGGUUAACCUGAUCUUAAGACAACCGAAGGUCGCUGAUGUUGCUUCGGAUAAAGUUGGAAGUUUGAGUCUUUUGCUGGUGGAAGAUGGAACUGGCCAUGUUGCAGCUUAGUUGUAGAUUUUUAUGGGAAAUAUGUUUUUUUCAUCUCUUUUUGACAAUGAGUUUGUUUAGUUUGGCGCAUACUUUGAUUAUAUGAGAGGAUUAUCUGAGUUCUGCUAUGCAAGUUUUUAAAUUGU